UUGUUAUCUGUAUUCGUGUCAUUCCGCGUUUUGUAUAAAUAUACGUUCUGUGUCAUAUACGUCGACUCGGCGCAGGAGUUUGUUUGUCUUCAUGUUUAACGAAUAACAAGGGCACAGUACAAUUUCUGCGGAUCAAAGUCUAAAUAAAGAUAAUUUUAAAAAUUUAUAAAAUUCAGCGCCGGUCCCUUGAAGGAGCAAACUCGCAAUGAAUCCCAUAACUCAAGUUAUACGUGCCACCCGGCCGAUUUACAGGAAGCUGUCGACUACAGCGCCGGUCGCAGCCGCCAAACCUUUGCCGACCACUGGAAUGUGCUUUGAGCUAAGCGAAGAGCAGAAAGCCUUACAAGAUUUGGCUCGCAAAUUCACCAGAGAAGAAAUCGUUCCGGUAGCCGCCCAAUACGACAAGACCGGGGAAUACCCAUGGCCCAUCGUCAAGAAGGCGUGGGAAGUCGGUCUAAUGAACGGACACAUCCCCGAACACUGCGGGGGCGUUGGAAACUUUGGGGUUCUGGAUGAGUGUAUCGUAGGCGAGGAAAUGGCAUUCGGAUGCACAGGAAUUACCACUGCAGUUGGAGGAACUAAUUUAGGACAAAUGCCCGUUAUCAUCGCCGGUAACAAGGAACAACAGAAGAAGUACCUUGGAAGACUCAUCGAUGAACCCAUCGUAGCUGCAUAUUGUGUCACCGAACCGGGCGCAGGAUCUGAUGUGGCCGGUGUCAAAACCAGGGCCGAGAAGAAAGGAGACGAGUGGAUCAUCAACGGACAGAAAAUGUGGAUCACAAACGGAGGGGUAGCCAACUGGUAUUUCGUGCUGGCACGAACCAACCCCGACCCCAAGUGCCCUGCUAGCAAGGCGUUCACCGGAUUCAUCGUCGAGAGGGAUUGGCCCGGAGUUACCCCCGGACGCAAGGAGCAAAACAUGGGUCAGCGUGCUUCAGACACCCGCGGCAUCACGUUUGAAGACGUUCGCGUACCCAAGGAAAACGUUCUCAUCGAAGAAGGCGCUGGCUUCAAGAUUGCUAUGGGCGCCUUUGACAAGACUCGCCCACCGGUAGCAGCUGGUGCGACUGGUCUGGCCCAGCGAGCUUUGACUGAGGCCACGAAGUAUGCCUUGGAGCGCAAGACAUUCGGCGUGCCCAUUGCCCGACACCAGGCCGUCGCCUUCAUGUUGGCUGACAUGGCCAUCGGUGUGGAGACUGCCCGCCUCGCCUGGAUGAGAGCCGCUUGGAUGGCCGAUCAUGGUAUCAGGAACACCGUUCUCGCUUCGGUAGCUAAAUGUCACGCAUCCGAGAUCGCCAACAAGGCCGCUGCUGACGCCGUCCAAAUCUUCGGAGGCAACGGCUUCAACACCGAAUACCCCGUAGAAAAGCUGAUGAGGGACGCCAAGAUUUACCAGAUCUACGAAGGCACAUCACAAAUCCAGAGGCUUAUCAUCUCCAGGGAGAUCAUCACGAACGCCAUGCAGUCCAACUAAAUUAAUACAUCGAGAUAAAGUCGCGUAUAAAGGAUUUCCAUUAUGUUUUUUAUUUUUAAGUUAUGUAAUCAAUCAAUAUCAUAUCAAUAAAUUUGUAUUUAUUCUCCGAAAACACAUAUGAAUUAUUGUACGAUCGUGAUAUGCAAAAUACAGCUUUUAACUAAUAAAUGAAUGAUGUAUUUAUUACUUGCGCAUAAAAAAGUCAUUUUGAUAAUGUAAUUUUGGAUAACAGUAAAAGGAACCGUUGUACAAAACGCACUUAUUUUAUUAAAAAAUCAUCAAAAUCAAAGUA